AUGGAUGAAAUCGAUUCUCCUCUCCAUCUUCUUUGUACUCUCAUCUUGAUUUCUCAAGUACUCUUGAAGCAUACUUCAAUCUUGGUUUGGCGCGCGGCUUGUGAACUCUCCUUGGGCAAAAAGAGGUCUUUUGGAGCAUUCUGGAGCAUAUGGGACGUGAGGAGCAUGGAGGACUUGGCGCAUGGACGCAGCUCAACUGGAUACGCAAAGGAAGAAGGAGGAAGCCAUCUUGAAGACCAGCUCGACCAUCUACUCGACCAACCGGUCGAGUUCCUCAACUCGACCGGCCAAGCUUCAACUCGAUCGAGCUGA